AUGACAACAUGCUACGAUGCUGAUAGUGCCAAAUAUGAGUACUGUGCUUCUCAUCUCUCAACUUACGUUGCCGUAGGAAUCAUUAUACCAUUAGCUGUUUUAUUUAUCAUCGCACUCGUCUAUUUCUAUCUUCGAUGCCGGCAAAAACAAUUAAGACGAGCACAGCAACAAACUUAUAUGGCAACAAUUAUUCCGAUUUAUAAUAGUGAUCAAAUACCUCCGGGAACGUAUGAUUACUCGUAUCCACCUCGGUACACUUCAAUGAUAUCAAAUAGUUCGGAUAAACCACCGUCUUACGAGCAAACCAUGCAGGAAACAAUAGAAACGAAUGCGGAUGAAACGAAUGCGGACCGUUCGACAGCUGUGAACAGUUCCUCAUCGUCCUCGGAUGAAACUACUAGAAAUCAAUCAUGA